AUGCAGCAGCUUGCCGGCUGCCCACACACAGCCCCCACCGCCUAUGAGCACAGACGGUGCGACGGUGCUGGUCCGAGAGCGGCCUCCCCGCUGGCACCGAGCGCGCUCCAGCCCCGCGGCUUCACCCCGCACAGCCGGCGGCCCUGCAGCGCAGCCCGGCUGCAUCGGCCCCUCUGCAGGGAUCUGCCCUGGCCCUCAGCCAGCCCCGGCCCGAGGGAGCCCCGCCACCAAAGGGCCGGGAUAAAACCCAGAGCCCGCCCGAGGGCCGGCGGCGCCGGCACGGUCCGGGAGUCUCCGAAGGGAGAGGCGGAGCACAGCAGCGGCCGCCCAGCAGCGUCUCCCCGCGGAGCCGACGGGGGUGCAGGAGGAGAAGCGCGGCCCGUCCAUGCCGGGGAUGGGGGAAGCGCGGCCCGUCCAUGCUGGGGACGGCGCACAGACUGGGACCGGGCCCCGCGUGCAGCCGCUACCCGGAAACGGAAGGAACGUUACGCCAAUCGCCCAACGAGCAUCCCGAGAAAAGCCCCGCCUCGGGGCAGUCUGACCAAUCGCGUCCGGGAAGAGGGCGGGAUUAAGCGAUCCAUGGAAAGUGGAGCCACCUCAGGGUUGCUGGGCGGGACGGGUCUCGCUGUCUCUCAGCGCUAUUGGCUGUGGGUGAUGAUUGGCGGGUGCCUUCGCCUAUCGGAGGAAGCUCUCCGGCGGCCCGUCGCGCCGUGCGCCAAUGGGCGGGCGGUGCGGGCGCUGUGCGGCGGUGCCGGUGGCGGGGCGAUGAGAGCGGCGUUGAGGGCGGCAUGGCGGAUCGGAACCGGCGUCGCUCUGCGGGGCCGGGCCGGGCGCCCGCUCAGCCAGGCGGCCGGGGACGGCGGCGCCGCUGAGGGCGGCGGCGGCUCGGGGUCGCGGGAGGCGGUGGAGCGGCUGGUGCGGGAGCACCCGGUGGUGGUGUUCAUGAAGGGCAGCCCGGCGCAGCCGCUCUGCGGCUUCAGCAACGCCGUGGUGCAGAUCCUGCGGCUGCACGGCGUGGAGGAUUACCGCGCCCACGACGUGCUGCAGGACCCCGACCUCCGCCAAGGAAUAAAAAACUACUCCAACUGGCCUACCAUCCCACAAGUGUACCUCAAUGGUGAAUUUGUUGGUGGCUGUGAUAUACUCCUCCAGAUGCACCAGAAUGGAGAUCUUGUAGAAGAGCUGAAGAAGCUGGGAAUCCGUUCAGCGCUGCUGGAUGCAGAAAAAGACCAAGAGAAAAAGUAACAUGAGAAAAACAAAAUGCUGUGACAGGAAUAAAGCAAAUCUUUGAUAAGAACUUGUUGCCCAUAAAGCCUUACAUACUUUAGGUCAAGGAAAGCAUCUGUUUGAGCUGACACUAAGUGAAUGUCUCUUAGCUCAUGGUAAAUGUAGUGAUCUUGGUAUUUUGAUUUAUGGGUAUUGUGAAAAUUUGAGUGUAACCACUGCACUGUAAAGCAAAUGUUUGUGAAAAUCUGUGUUUUAAAAAAGUUCACUUCUAAAAGCGCUCUUCUUCAUUGAGGUGGGAGUAAACCAAAAGAACUAAUAAUAUUUUUAUGGGUUUUACAUGUGUGAUUGUCUGUUCUUUGAUACAUGAACCUAUACAAACAGCAUUUGCAUUCCCUUGCUUCUCUUGAAAAAGCAUUAAGUAAUAGUGCAUCUGUUUUUCUGUUUAACUUCUGGUGAUAAGACUUCCUGAGAGCCUGUAAAACUUGUGUAAUCACACACAGUAUAGGAGAAAAACAGUUUUCCAACAAUAUAGGAGAAAAAAGAUUAUAUGAGAGUGCAUGAAAUAUACUUUUAUUCUGAAGGGUAAAAAUAAACAGAACUUGUACAAAUCUUGUAUAGUGGUCAUUAUUACUUUGUAACUUUCUGAUGGCUUUUAACACUGCUAAGAAUUGUGCCUGAAUAUUUUAUAAAACCUUUUCUACCUCUUGCAAAACAGCUUUUCCCCGUGCUUAUAUACUCUGUGUAUGGGAGUUCUGUGUCAGUGGGAAUUAUUUAAGGCUUCAGUAUUCUAGCUUGAAAUAGUACAGGAGAAUACUUCAGUUAUUACUGUAAUCUUGUAUUAUUUGCUUGCUAUGUUUUUAUAUUUGUUGUGUUUCCAAGUGUUUUCUCCUGACUGAUGUGUUCAGGAGAAUAACUCUUCAAACAUGGGAUUUACAGAUGAAAUGUUCAUGUGGGUAAGGUGAGUGCAGCAGAAAGUUACUGAAUGGAUAAAUAUUUCUUUGUGGAAAGUCUCUGAAGUGUUCAGUACCUACCUAACCACAUUUCUCUAAAUGAAAAGAAAUUAUAUUAACCAGUGUAGCUUCAGCUCAAUAGCAAUACUGCUAUGGUUAAAAGCUAACCAAGCUAUUUUUAAAUGCAGUGUAAUUAAUAUAAACCAGUCUGCAUGUGAAUUAGGCAAAUGGUUGGAAAUAAACUGUGUUUUAUGUUGAUUGUC